AUGAAUAUCGAAGGCAAAGUGGCAGCGAUUACAGGAGGCGCCUCAGGCCUCGGUCGCGCUACAGCAGAGGCGAUUAUCGCCCGCGGCGGUCAGGUGGCCAUCCUUGAUCUAAACCACGAACUUGCUGAGCAGACUGCAAAAGAACUGGGCAACGCCCGUGCGUACCAGGUCAACGUCACCGACGAUGCAUCAGUCAGCAGCGCAAUUGCGCAGAUUAAAGCAGAUUUUGGCGCCAUUCACAUCAAUGUGAACUGCGCAGGCAUUGGCGCAGCAGCACGAACCGUUGGACGCGACGGCGCGUUGGACAUCAACAAAUUUAAUAUGAUCAUCCAGGUCAAUCUGGUGGGUACUUUCUCGGUUCUGAGCAAGUGCGCUGCCGUGAUGCAGGACAACGAACCUGAAGGUGAAGCUCUAGAGCGCGGAGUGAUCGUCAACACUGCCUCGGUCGCAGCCUUUGAUGGCCAGGUGGGUCAAGCAGCUUAUACGGCCAGUAAAGCAGGUGUGGCGGGCAUGACCCUGCCUAUUGCCAGGGAUCUUUCCCGCCAGGGUAUACGCGUCUGCACAAUUGCACCCGGCAUCUUUGAUACGCCGAUGAUGGCAGGCGCACCUGAGCAGGUACGCGCGCCACUGAUCGAUAUGGUGCAAUAUCCGAAGCGAUUAGGUAUUCCCCCGGAAUACGGCAUGCUGGCCACACAUAUUAUUGAGAACACCUAUCUCAACGGUGAAACCAUCCGCCUUGAUGGUGGUAUCCGUAUGGCACCCAAAUAG